AUGGAGAACAAUGUGUUUGGGAAUUACUUGGUGGUCAUAGUAGGGGCCGGCCCCUCCGGCAUUGCAACCUCAGCUUUGCUCAACUCCAUGUCGAUUCCAAACAUUGUCUUUGAAAGGGAGGAUUGUUGUGCUUCCCUGUGGAAGAAACGAUCCUAUGAUCGCUUGUGUCUCCAUUUAGCUAAGAACUUCUGCUCUCUGCCGAUGAUGCCGCAUUCGUUCAGAACUGCAACAUUCAUGUCCAAAGACAAGUUCGCAGACUAUGUGGACAAGUACGUGACUCGUUUCAACGUCAACCCGCGUUACUGUCACAAUGUCGAAUCGGCACUGUACGAAGAAGCUAAUCAGAAAUGGAAGAUCGAGGUGAAGAACACUGAGGUAACAGAUGGUGUGGGUUCCCUCCAAGUGUAUUACGCAGAUUUCUUGGUAAUUGCGACUGGAGAAAACAGUCGACCUGUUACCCCAGAGUUGCCUGGAAUAGAGACCUUUAAAGGAAAUGUUAUGCAUGCACAAGAUUAUAAGUGUGGAGCUAGUUUUAAGGAUCAGAAUGUGUUAGUUGUUGGUUGUGGCAAUUCUGGCAUGGAGAUCAGUAAUGAUCUUGCAGAGAGUGGAGCUCAUGCAUCGAUUGUCGUCAGAAGCCAAGUUCAUGUGCUGAGCAGAGAACUUGUUCGGCUUGGGAUGGUACUGUUGGAUUAUCUCCCAAUGAAUAUUGUUGACAGGUUUAUUCUAUAUCUUGCCAAGUUCAGCUAUGGUGACUUGCCCAGCUAUGGCAUUUCUCCACCAGUUGAAGGGCCUUUUUUCUUCAAAGCACUUACCGGAAAGACUCCUGUAAUUGAUCGUGGAACUGUGAAAAAAAUUCGCUCCGGAAAGAUUAAGGUUUUCUCCGGAGUAGAGACAAUACGGCACAAUAUUGUGGAAUUCAAGAAUGGUUCUAUACAGCGUGUUGAUGCCAUUGUCAUGGCCACUGGUUAUCGAAGCGUAGCACACAAAUGGCUCAAGGAUUAUAAGGUCAUUCUGGAUGAGAAUGACAAACCCAAGAACAAAUAUCCAGGGCAUUGGAAAGGUGAAAAGGGCGUCUACUGUGUUGGCUUCUCAGGGAAGGGAAUUCCGGGGAUUUCGUUUGAUUCUAGGGCUGUUGCUAAUGACAUUCAUCAAAUUUUGCUUGUAAAGACUGGUAAUGCUGCAAGAGAGGUCUAG